UGUCAAUUGUCUUGCAAUUUAUAUGUCCGUCUUAUUUUUAUUUAUGUAAAAGCAACCUCAAAUGCAACAUAAUUUAACCAAUAGUUGUGUUUAUUAUUCAUUCUAUAUCACAAGACAUCACAUAAAACUGUAAAAAUGACUUCAUUUCUAUCCAGAUUUGCUAUAAAUGUCUUAAAAAAUACAGCUUCUAAAAGUUUUACAUUUACUUCUGUUCCGGAAAUUAUACCACCGAUAAAUAAGUUUUUAUAUAAUAUAAACAAUUUAUUUUCUCCUAAAUCACUUUGUAUUGUAAGGAAUUAUAGCCUAGAUGCUAUUCAGCCUCCUUUAGCAAUAGAUAAUGCAAGUAUACCUUUAAAAAAGAAGACAGUUUACAAAAAAGCAGUUCUAGAGGAAGUAAGCCAAAAAGAGGGUCAUUACUUAACAUUGGCUUACGCAACCGCAAAUUCCUAUGAUCUAAAAGGUCUAAAGGAAGCUUUAAUACAGCAGAAGCUGUAUGAGCCGGGCACAUUAAAAACACAAGAAGUGGGUGAUGUAGUGGUAGCUAAUGCUGUUUAUUCUGUUGGAGAUGAACCAAGACAGAUUAUCUUUUUCAAAGAGGGUGCUGUUGUAUUCUGGAAUUGUACUGAAUUAGAGGCUAAAAAUGUACUGGAUUUUGUUAGACCAUUUGAAAUUGAAAGCUAUCCUGUGGAAGUGGUACACAAAGAAAGAGAAAUCAUGACCUAUUUCUAUCAACCUAAUGUAAAGAGUUGUCACCUUCAAGAGUCAUGUUUUGUUCUGGUUGAAAAUGGAGAUAAUUCAUUAGAGAAGUACACAUUCAGUCAUGCAAUGGUCCAAUCAGUUCGUCUGGGAGCUUGGGAGGCUCGACUUGAGACUUUGGCAUCCUCUAUCAGAUCACACACUGCACUAAUGGAAUCGGAGGGUGCCACAAGGGUUGAAAAGAAAGAGGUUGUAAGAAAAUUGGGUGAACUCUUUUCACUUAGGCAUCGGCUAACAGUUGAAUCUGAUCUAUUAGACACACCAGACUUCUACUGGGAAGAGGAGAACUUGGAAAGGCUCUACUCAAAUACAGUCGCCUAUUUCACGAUUCCCAGACGAACAAGGGUAUUGAACGAGCGUCUAUCUCACUGUGUGGAACUUCUGGAACUUUUAUCAUCAUGGGCAGCUGAUAGGCAUCACGUAAGGCUGGAGUGGAUGGUAAUAGCCCUCAUUCUAGCUGAGGUCUGCUUUGAACUGCUGCACUUCUUCGAGAGGUAUUUUGCCAGACAUGAUGUAGAAAUAGCUCAUUAAGAUAUGUUUAAAAUAUGUUGAGUGUCAAUAUUGAAGGAAUCAUUGACUUAUGUAGAAAAUGUUUUAUCUUUGGCUUGUAGUUGAUAAUGAAUAUGCCGUUUUUGCCAAAGAGUUGAUAAUUGUUAAAUUGCCUUUAUAUAAAUACUUUAUUUAUUUAUUGUAUUAAUUACAUUAAAAAAGUAGAGAAAGAGAAACUCGAAAAACUUGUUGAAUGUUCCCAUAGUUGGCAGUAAUCUGUAUAUAUUACUUGUUUUAAAAACUAUUUCUUUUUAAGAACAAUGAAUCCUCAGGCGAAUUUUUUUG